AGAGAGAGAGAGGGGAUGGAGAGCAAAGAAGUGGAAUCAGAAGAAGGAGGGCCACCACCAGGUUGGCAGUCCAUCCCUCUCCCUUCUUCCCAGUCACCGCUACAACCACCACUUUCCGAAAUGGCUCAGAUGGUUUGUGGUUCUUGCCGUCAUCUGCUGAAGUAUCCUCGAGGAGCCAAGCAUGUCAAAUGCUCGUGCUGUGACACAGUCAACUUGGUACUUGAAGCUCAUGAGGUUGGGCAAGUGAAAUGUGGCAGCUGUGAAGUUUUGCUGAUGUACCCAUAUGGAGCAUCAUCAGUCAUGUGUUCCUCUUGCACUUUUGUGACAGAAAUUACAGAGCACAACAGGCGACUUCCGUGGUCUGUACAGCAGGGGCAACCGCCCUCUCCACCAAAGCCUGUUCAGUGAACUACUUAUUAUCGCUGUUUGGCACAUUCGCUGGUCACUAAGUUCCCCGUUUUUGGUUUAUUUCCAUUCUUUCUAAAAGGAGUUUCUAUAAUUAUCCUUCAAAAUAUUGAUGUAUAGAAUCACUCAAUUAGUGAAACUUGUUUUACGGGAGUGCUACUAAAUUACUAAUUAUAAGACGAAUCACUCACUCAGCAGUCGGCAUUCUUGUCAA